GACAUGGGCCAGAGCGUCGGUAACCUGGGACAGAGCGUUGGCAAUCUGAGCCAGCAGGCCCGUGAGAGAUUGGGACAGGUUCACAGUGAUGAUAUCACCGAGCUCCCUGAGGAGUACAUCUCCCUCGAAAACCGUGUCGAUGGACUCAAGAAUGCGCACGCCAGCCUCCUCAAAAUUGCCAAGGCCUAUGACAACGAAGCCUACGACUACCCGACGCAAGUCCAAGAGUCCAUGACUCUCCUCUCGACGCAGGUCUCCCACUCGGUGACAAGCUGGGCCGCCUCCGCAGCUAAGGGCACCAACCUCCCUCCCAUCCAAGCCACUUCGGCCCCCGAGAACGUUCACCGCACUCUCCCUCAUGCCCUCUCGCGUGCCGCAGCCAGCGGAGCCAUCCAGCUAGGCGCCUCACCUACGAACAUUGCCGGCCUCUCAACGCCCGCUGGCGUCCAACCCGAAUCAGCUCAGCCGGGCAAGCUGGCCGAAGCUCUCCAGAAGUUCGCUCUGGCUCAGGACAGGCUUGGCAAUGCGAGGUUGAGCCAGGACGAGCAGAUCCGCCAGGGCUUCUUGAAGCCUUGGACCUCCUUUGGCUCGCAGCUCGCCGCUGCCACAAAGGCUAGACAGAGCGUCAACUCUGCGCGCCUCCACCUCGACUCAUGGAAGGCGACGCUCAAGGCUUCAGAGGCGGCGGGCAAGACGGAGAAGGUCGAGCAUCAGCGAAAUGAGGUAGAAAAGGCCGAAGACUCCCUCGUUGCGGCUACAGAGGAGGCGAUUAGUGCUAUGAAGAGCGUGACGGAGAAUGACGAGCCAGUCAAGAGUCUCGCGGCUCUGAUCAAGGCUCAGGCUGAUUAUCACAAGGCAGCGGGAGACCUCUUGGGCCAGCUCAGUGGGGAGAUGGCACAGCUUGCACUUAGCGCAGAGGGCGAGUACAGGGCGAGCAGGUCGUAGGCGUCGAGACAAAUUGACUUGGUGAUAUCACGGCGCCUCCAUGAGAGCUGCGCUGCGUUGCGUUGCUUCGAAUAACCAUGACUUGACGUCGAGACGAGAGGUAUGCGUCGCAAAAGAGUGAUGAUUAUCGGGCUGACCGAUGCGUCUCCGCAGUCUAGGAGGCGAAGCUUCUAUAGUCUACACAUGCGAGAUUCUCGACUGCUUAAUUCUUCUUCGCCUGAAUCUUGGCAUACUCUGCCUCCAUAUCCUUCUGAACCCCCGGCACCACGGGCGAGUGGUUCCUGUACUCCAUGCUGAACUCUCCCGUGCCCUGGGUCAGCCCUCUCAACAAGCUCGAGUAUCCGAACAUGUUGUUCAGCGACACCUCUGCCGUCAAGCUGAAGUCGUCUGCCCGAGUCUCCGAGUCCUC